AUGCCUCAAUACAUGCGAAAAUAUACUACCGAUCAUAGUACGAGUAGUAGAGAUUCACGUCAGAGUGAUGAAUCUUCUCGAGAAUCUCAUAGCACAGCACCUACCUCAAUAUAUGGUAGUCCGCGACCAUCAAUUCAUCAAUACUACACCGAAAAACCCAUCUACUACCAAAAGGAUAGUAUAGAGUUGCCUCCCUAUGACAUAUCCCCAGCAGCAACAAAUUAUCCUCGAUCAUCUCAAGAAACAUACGCUUCAACAUCUCCAUCUCAAGAAGAUCUUUUUGACGAACCUGAAGAUUUUGAUCCAGAAUAUGAAGUACCGGAAUAUAAAACCGUGGUUGAAAAUAACUUGAGACCAUCCACUGCUCAAGAUUUCGCGCAUUUCUUUCCUUCGACAAAACGUUUAUACAUUCGUCAUGAUGAUACUUCUUAUGAUGGGAAUAUGAAUCUUCGCGUCGACACGGAAGAUGGUCAUGGUCAAGAUAAAGAAGUAAUUCAACUCUUCCAUCUUCGAAUGCAUGAUCUCAAGAACCGAGAAUUUAGUCUUCGUCGAUACGAACGCUCAAGUGGUCGAGAAGUUUGUCAUUCGAGUAUGAAAUACGCAAAAUCUGCCGCUGAAAGAAGACCUUCUUCAUUAACUCGUUCGGUUAGUAAUGCUUUUGCAAGUAUUCGCAAACCAUCCAUGUCAAGAACAAAUUCUGCAGUUUCUACUCAUAAACCCAUGGGAGGAAUCAAGAGACAUGAUAGUGGUUAUGCAUCAAAUUCAGAUUCGGAUUCCGACGUCGAAGCAUUCAUGGCUUCGAAAAAAGCAGCCGCGCCUAUGAUCCCUACCAACACCACCAAGCUAGAAUUUUCCAAUUACGCUCAAGUAGAAGUUAAACGUCGUGGAACAAAGGCUUCAAAACGUUAUGAAUUUGAAUAUUGGGGUCAUUCAUAUUCAUGGAAACGAGUUACGGAAAAAGAUGGAGAAGGAAAAGCUAUUUCCUAUCAUUUAUUCAAAGGGGAUUCCGGAGCAGCUGUGGCGCAUAUUGUACCGGAAUUAAGAUCACCAGCUCAAAUACGAGAGGAGGAAUUAGUAGGGGGUUGGGUACCACCUUGUCAGAUGUGGAUUAGUGAUAGGAGUGUUUUGACGGCUGUUACAGAUGUUGCUGAUGUCAUCAUCUCCACUGGCCUCAUAGCCCUCGUCGAUGACAGCAUCAAACGACAUUUCGAUCCCAAACCCCACCCCAAACCCAGCUCAUCCCAUUCAUCCCACUCAUUCCAUUCCCACCCUCACUCAAAUCCAACUCCCCAUUCAAACCCAACCUCACAACCACAUUCACAACCACAUUCACAACCACAUUCUCCCCGCACUCAAAUCAUCGUUCCCCUCCACCCCCUCAAAAUGGACAUGGAAUUUGUAAAUCCACGCGCAAUGGUCGAACACAUGUUUAAGCGGAGAAACUCAGGGGGUUCAAAUAAAUCUCCCACGGAAGAGAGGAAAAAACAUUCUCCGCUGAGAUAUGAAGAGAGGAGAGUGUAG